UCAAAAUUCAAAAUAUCUCCACCUCUUUUUCUCUCUUCAGUUUUGCUUCACAUUCUCACGCUCUCUCAGCCCAAACGCCAAGUACAGCUACACCGACUCACCAACCUACCGGCCAUGUUUCGUCUGAGCAAUAACUUGGUUGGAAUCCUGAACUUCCUCACCUUUCUUCUGUCCAUCCCCAUCCUCGGGGCCGGGAUCUGGCUUCGAAACCAUGGUAGCUCUGAAUGUGAGAAGUUUCUUGACACGCCUGUGAUUGUAAUCGGCGUGUUUCUGAUGGUGGUUUCUCUGGCAGGCCUCAUCGGCGCUUGCUGUCGCGUGUCGUUGCUGCUUUGGUUGUAUCUCUUUGUCAUGUUCCUUCUAAUUGUGUUGCUCUUCUGCUUCACAAUCUUUGCUUUUGUAGUGACCAACAAAGGGGCUGGACAAGUGGUUUCUGGAAGGGGAUACAAGGAGUACAGACUGGGAGACUACUCAAACUGGUUGCAGAAGAGGGUGAAUAAUGCGAAGAAUUGGAACAAAAUUAAGAGUUGUUUGAUUGAUGGGAAAGUCUGCUCUGAUUUUAACGAGAAAUAUCUGAACGAUACUUUGACAGAGUUUUAUGCCGAGCACUUAUCUGCUGUUCAGUCUGGAUGCUGUAAGCCAGCAGAUGAAUGUGGUUUUCAGUACGUAAGCCCAAUUAAUUGGACGCCAUCAACUACAAGUUCCACAAAUCCUGACUGUGCUGCUUGGAGCAAUAAUCCUGAUACUCUCUGUUUUAACUGCAACUCAUGCAAGGCUGGACUGUUAGAUAACAUCAAGAGGGACUGGAAGAAAGUAGCUGUUGUGAACAUAAUAUUCCUUGUGUUCCUAAUCAUUGUGUACUCUGUUGGAUGCUGCGCUUUCAGGAACAACAGAAGCGAUAAUGCUUAUUUUUCUGGAUGGAAGCAGCAACCUUGAGUGUUUCUAACUAGUAUGAAUAGGGACAUCUAUGUAGGAUUUUGUUAUUGCUAUUAGUUUCACGCAACUAUGCUUUCUUUUUUUUAGGGGGUCGGAACCAUUCUCUGUAUUUGCUGCUUAGUUUGUUAUUAAUGUGUGUUGGCUGUUGCUGUUGCUUUUGGGUUUUUUCCUGGUAUAGCUUUUAUAUGCUUUAUUUUUAAUGUCCUUAGAGCACCCUGGAUAUGUAUAUAUAUGUAUAAGUGGGUACUUUCUGUACUUCCAUUUUUGCUCAA